ACGACAGCCUCACGAGACAUGUUGAGUCGACGACUUUUGGUCCCUCUUCACUUCCGUAGUCCCUCGCCGACUUCUCGUUUGAAGUCUUUCAAAAAUGACAAAUCCCGCAAGAUGGCAGAGGCAACAUUUAGCGGCUUAGGAAAAAACAGAAUCUCAGAGAGGGACGUGCCUCACAUUCGUCUGGUUGGUGAUGCUGACGUAGAGGAAAUAUACACAAUUGGGAAGAAAUUGGGCCACGGCAGUUACGGGGUGGUGUACGAAGGCACACACAUUCGGACACAGACCCAAUGGGCCAUCAAGACGGUUUGCAAGGCCGAGCCGGGAAGUACAAAGAUUAAGAUGCUGGAGCAAGAAAUCAAAAUACUCAAGCAAGUGGCUCACCCGAACAUAUUACAUCUGGAGGAGAUCUAUGAAACGGCUCAGAUGACAUAUUUAAUCACUGAGCUGUGUGUUGGAGGUGAACUCAAGCAGGUGUUGCAGCAUAAACAGUUCUUUCCAGAGGAGGAGGCGAGGCACAUCAUCGGUUGCCUCGCGGACGCCAUCACCUACCUUCACAAGAAAAACAUAAUGCAUCGGGAUUUGAAACUUGAGAACAUUUUGGUGAAAAAUUCUCUUGAUGACUACAAUGGCAAGCUUGAUAUCAAGGUUGCAGACUUUGGAUUGUCAGUGAAGACCUUGGGCGUUGGAAGCGAAAACAUUCUGUCGGACGUCUGUGGGACUCCGAUCUAUAUGGGUACGACAGCAGUAUCCUCUCAUCGUGGCGACGACGAUGAUCGGGAGGAUAGCAAGGCUCCUGAAAUGAUGAGCCAACGUGGUUACACACACUGGUGUGAUAUGUGGAGUGUAGGAGUCAUUAUGUAUAUUUUGCUGUGUGGGGAGCCUCCGUUUGUGUCCAAGUCCAAAGAAAACCGACUUAAGGAGAUUAGAACAAUAGGAGUCCAAUUUUCUUCACCCAUCUGGGACACAGUCAGUGAUGCAGCAAAAACUGUGGUGACGUGCCUCCUGAAAGAGAACCCCGCUUACCGCAUGUCCGCUAAUCAGCUACGAGACAACCCGUGGAUUACAGGUGACACCAGCACGCCCGCCAUGCCUCUCAAUGCACUGGAGAUGAUGCACAACUUCCACGAACAGGAGAAGAGUACACAGGACCCGAAGCAAAGCCGAGACCCUCCCCCCGUCGCCGGGACCGCUUCGCCGACGACCUCGCCGGAGAUGAAAAGCAACGGCUUGAGCCACGACGAUCUCAGCGACUCUUCUUGCACACCUUGCACGUCCACCAAAGCGACCGUCGUGAAAUCCCGCCCGCGAUCGAGUAUCAAGCCGCACAAGUUUCAACGCAAGACGAAGAAAGCGGCCUCCCAUCAAAACGGACAGAGAUCUCCUCCAUCUCCUCUAAAAAUAUGACUCGACUGUCGGGGACCGUCCAAGCAGCACUAAAGUCACACAGAUGCCUCGCGGAACAAAGAAGGACCUCAAAAAAGAGAUUUAGCCUCUAUUUAAUGAGAUGGUUUACGCAGGCAAGUGAACAAAUGAGCAGCGAUACACUGGUGAUGGCAGUGCCAAAUCAAGACUUGUGUGCUCUCACUGGCCACUUUGUUAGGUACACCUGCUCCAAUUCUGCUAUUCGUUACUGUCUUAUCGCAUACUGAGAGCCGUUUGUCAUGUUUCGGCCACAAAAUAAAUACAUAUUGCAGGUGUACUUAAUGGCGUGGCCACGCGCGCGCUGGAUAUCUACCGUGUGAAUCCAGCAUCUCUCCUCAACUGUCCUAGUUUUGCCGAAGGGCCUCGGUCUGUGGGACGGAGCGGAAUCCACUGCGCAAAUGUUGACUUUUCACCGCCAGCUGUUGCCAAGGCUGCCCAAACAAUGCAGGCACUCUUCUAGCUAUUCAAAUACACGUUGAACGCACAGAAAAUAUACAGCACAACAACUGUCAACGGGGGAAUAUGAAAAGUCCUCAUUUUAACAAAGCAUUUUUUUGUUAGCUUCCGGGAAUGACAGUGUCCAUAAAGUCUCUUUCCAAUCAAAUGUAUUACAAUAGGAAAUGAAUAGCCAAUUCUGUGGAGGAGUAAAUAAUACACUUCUAUACGAGCACCCUUUAUCCAA